AUGUCUACCAAUAUCAAAGACCUUCAAGCGAGAUUGAUUCUAACCAAUUCGAAACUCAAACGCAAAGAUGAGGAAAAUAAAAGACUGAAAGCGAUCAUAACCAACCUUUUAGCCAAAAAUGACUCCGAAGAUCUCUCGCAGGAUGAAGACAGCGCCGAAGAAAGCAUACAGAAUUCGGAAGACGGCGAGGACGACGAGGACGACGAGGACGAGAUCACGGGGGAUGAACAAACAGACGAUGAUGCUCCACCAGAGCCCAUACAGUCCUUGGAAUUCGAAGAUGUCUAUCUGUGCACAAACACGGCUUGUGGAGGGGAGGUAACUGAUGGCGUUUGUCAUUUUUGUGGAAAGCCUCACCAGGUCCUUGAGGACGAAUUCUCCAUUCUUGCAUCGACGGAGUCCCAAUUGGAGCAUCCUGAUCGUGACAUUGCUCCUCGUGGAGACACACCGCUAAAGGAAAUUGAAGAGGGCAUCGAAAUACCUGCAGAUUAUGCCUCUCGCAUAGGGGAAUACAAGGAACUACUCCGGCGAGGGGCAACGCCCGAGAUGUGUACUUUAUUUUCCCUAGUAUUCAUCCCACAUGAAGGAAUUUCGGCAUUCAUUCCGCCUGAAAUCUUCAACCAGUUCUCGGGUCCUGCUAUGAACGAUGACGAUGUGUGGCAAAUCUAUCUCGGAAGGCGGGUAAGACUUGAAGAAACAGAUGUGGACGGUCGGGAAUUCGUCGAAAGCUUGCUGGACGACAUUUCCGUUCUCCCUGAUACCGGUAACUGGGCCACUGAAGAAGAAUCGCCAGGCAUUUGGAUUACCUAUCCAAAAUUCCGCGGAGAAUUGGAUAUAUGCCGCCCCAAUAUGAUGGACUGCAGGUAUGCCUCAGACGAUGACGCUGACACCCCUGUGUAUGCCAACGAUUACGACUUGUCCGACGACGACUCAGACCAAGCCGAGCUCGAAGGAGACGAUCCAGCAUUUUUCACUACCAGUGGGGUUACUUACAAUCACCUCGACCGCUGGUAUAUUCAUUCGGACGAGGAUAUGUCUGAAGACGAAAGUGAUAAAGAAAACCAAGACGACGACGAUUCAAUGAAGGAGGACAGUGAACGCGGGGACAGCUCGACUAUAUCUGAUUCCGAUCUCGCUGGUAGUGAUUUUGACUCUGAUGAAGUCCUGACGGGCGAUGAAGAGGUUUUGGGUUACGCAAAUCCUUAA